AGGGAGGGCGUGCGAACUACCGGAGACAUUUCGGUGAAGGUGGGAGUCAACUAUCCCUGGCAGAUGAUCGUAUAUAACGUGACUGCUCAUCUCCUUACAGCAUCCUUCGCAUCUCAGAGACCAAGUGCCUCAUCUUCAGCCAUGAAACUGAUCCUCGUACUCUUUGCGCUCGUGGCCUCCGCUUUGGCAGUGCCUCAGUCUUCGAAGGACGCCCAGAUCACAGCUUACAGCAAUGACGUAGGCCUGGACGGAUACAACUUUCAAUUCCAAACGAGUGAUGGCAUAUCCCGCAAUGAACAGGGAGUCCUUAAAAAUCCGGGAACCGAAAACGAGGCCCUGGAGGUGAAGGGCAGUUACACGUACAAGGGACCUGAUGGCAAGGACAUCACGGUGACUUUCGUUGCCAAUGAGAACGGCUACCAACCGAUAGUAUCGGCUCGCCGGAAGUAGACCCCAUAAAGACCAUCGGCCAAUCAUACCAACCCAGGGUUGACAACCUUGACGUUUUCUAAUCUCAUCCGUCUGAAUUUGUGCCAUUCCUAUGGAAUAUAUCUAUUCUUGUUCCUCGACAACUGUAGCACUCCGGGGGGCUCUGCCUUCAGAGAGCGACAGACGAGUGUCGAUCUAUGUAAAUUAAAGAUACGAACUGUUAAAGGUAAUGGAAUAAUAUAAGACGUGAUUAUAUUGCUCCAAGAUGAUGCAGAUAAAUGUGUAAAAAUUAAAUUGCAAUAUCAUUAUAAAAUAUU